AUGAGAACGAUAAGCAUUUUGAAUCCGAUUGAAAUUUCCAUUGAAUCGUUCGAAAUCGACAGCAAGGAUGUCGCUUGGUACAAAAUCAUUAUUAAAACUUCCGACAGGACCUGGUCCGUUCUGAAACGCUAUUCUGAAUUCGAUUCUCUGCACUCCAAUAUCAAAUCGAAAAUCAAAGGCGUUAAAAUUCCACCAAAGAAAAUACGCAAAUCGGAGGACUUCCUUCAGUCUAGGAAAAAUGAGCUGGAAAAAUAUUUGAAUGAGGUCAUAGAGGAAGUUAGCGAAACUGUUCCUAUGGACUUGGUUACUUUUCUCAAGCUUGAUUCCUUUGAGCCAUAUUCUAUUGUCUCCGAGUUAGCGCUUACUUUGCAAAAGAAAAAAUCGACGCUCUUAUCUUCCCUUCAACUGAACGCGCUCUCUUUCUUGUCCGCAGAUUCGCCUCUCUAUCAAGAAGUUGUCCAGCAGUUUUCCCAACUCAAGUCCGUCAAAAUAAAGGGCUCUUCGAAAAACGACCUUCACCACAGCAGCCUAUCGCGGGAGAAACUCGCGUUCAGCGUAGCGUAUUUUACGGCAGCGCACGAACUCUCAUUACAUCAUUGUUACGCGGAGAAUAUUUCUGGAUUCGAUCGCUUGAAAAGCUCACUGAGAGUGUUGUCUUUUGAAGGACAAUCAAAGUCGAUAAGCACCGUCCUCGCGAAUGGAGAUUCGGGUCCGUGGCAAAUGCUCUCUCGAGUUAACUUCACCAAAUCGAAGCUGCAGAAAGUCGAUCUUAACAUGGAUCUCUGCCCAAACCUGGAGAACUUGAAUCUGAACGGAAACCGCUUGACUGACAUUGAAAAUCUCGAAACCCUGAUGAAGCUAACGAUCCUAGACUUGUCAAACAACGGUCUUACCGCGCCCACAUUUCUCUCACUUGGGAAUAUUUCGAUUUUGAACAUUUCCGGCAAUCAAAUUUCAUCCCUCAAGCCUAUCGGUCGUUUACUCGGUUUGAUGACCCUCAACGCUUCCAAAAACCAAGUCGAGGAUAUUGACGAAGCAACUCAUUUGAACAGGCUGCCAAUGCUGACUGAAGUUGAUUUAUCGGACAACCCGAUCGCGCAAAAGCUUGACUAUCGUACUCAAAUACUAGCUAGAGUUCCUAGGAGAGCUUCAGAGCUUAUUAUCGAUGGUAUCAUUCCGUCGAAAGAAGAACUAUCAAUGGCUGACAUUUUCUGUGCCUUACGCGACGCCGAAAGCAAAGAGACCACAGCAACGCUAAAUCGGCGCAAUUUCGCACUAGAAACGAAAACGAUACUCUAA